AUGUAUUACAACAAACAUUGUAGUACAAGAGUAAUUCUUUCAUUAAUUAGCACAAUUUUAUUGUGUGUAUUGAUUGAAAGUAUUAUUGUGGAAGGUCAAUGUCCUCAUCAACAAGUUGGUUUGGUCAAUUUUAACACAUUAACUGGUUGGAAUGUUGCCAAUUAUGAUAUUGUUAUUACAAAAGCUGUCAAGUUAAAUAUUUCUCCUCCAAACAAAUUACGUUCAAUCACUGUUAAAUCAGGUGGUUCUUUAAUUUUUGAUAAUAUUGAUCUCAAUUUGAAUUUGAAUUUCAUUAGAGUUGAAUCAAAUGGUAGUUUUAUUAUGGGUAGUUCAAAUUGUCCAAUCACUUCAAAAGUUAUCUUGACAUUGUAUGGUGAUCGUGUCAAUAGUUCUAUCAAUGACAUUGGUAGUGAUCCAUUCGAUGGAAGUAAAUUGGGUUCUAAAGGUGUUGCUUUUUUGAGUGGAUCUAUUGUUCAAAUUUAUGGUAAAGUUGAUGGUCCAAGUUGGAGUGAAAUUAUCAAGAAUUCCACCAAAGGAAGUUCACAACUUGAAUUGAAAGAAGCUGUUCAAUGGAGAGUUGGUGAUUCAAUUGUUAUUGCUUCAACAGAUUAUGGUGAAUUAUAUGAUUACAGAGUUGAAAAGAAUGCUUCAUUGGGUUGGAUUCGUGGUGAACGAUUUCCAAAUCAAAAUGAAGAGAGAAAGAUUAUUCAAUUAUUGAAUGGAAACAAGACCAUUAUUUUAGAUAGAGCAUUGAAUUAUACUCACUUUGCAAGUGUUGAUGGAAAGAUUCGUGCAGAAGUUGGUUUAUUAACAAGAAGAAUUGUUUUCAGAGGUGAUGAUUCAUCUGAAAGUUCACUUUUUGGUGGUCACUUUAUUAUUCGUUUGGUUGAUAAAUUUAAUAUGGAAGGUGUUGAAAUUACAAGAUUUGGUCAACAAGGUUUAAUGGGAAGAUAUAGUUUCCAUUUCCACUUGUUACAAAACAAACCAUUUGGAUUGAAUUUCACAGUUAAGGAUAAUACAGUUCAUCACAGUUUCCAAAGAUGUUAUGUUGUUCACGAUACUAAUUAUAUUUUAUUGAAGAAUAAUGUUUGUUAUCGUGCUUUUGGUCAUAUGUACUUCUUGGAAGAUGGAUCUGAAGUAGGAAAUGAAUUUAACAAUAAUUUGGGAGUUGAUCCAAUUCCAAUCUCAAGAGAAAAUCCUCGUCAAAUCAUUUUAUCUGAUUCUGAUGUUUCAGUUUUUUGGAUUACUAAUCCAAAUAAUACAUUCAUUGGAAAUCAUGCAGUUGGUGGUCGUUUCCCAUUUUGGUUUACAAUGCCAACAUUCCCAACUGGAUUGAGUGCAAACAGAUACGCAGCUGGCUCUAUUAAUCCAAGAACUGCUCCUCCAAAACCAUUUGAAAACAAUGUUGGUCACAGUUCAUCAGGAAAUGCUCUUCACAUUGAUGAUAUGGAAAAAGCUGAUGGAAGUACAGAACUUGCUGGUUAUUAUCCUUCAGGUGUUGUUGAAGCACUUUACAAUGGAUUUAUUGCUUAUAAGAAUAGAGGAUAUGGUGUUUGGGCACGUGGUGGUUUACUUCGUUUCAAAAAUUUAUUCUUAACUGAUAAUAGAAUUGCCAUGAAUUCUCCACCAGGACCAAGUAUCAUUCAUGAUAGUACUUUUAUUGGUGAAUCUGAAAAUGUUGGUGAAUUUUCAUACAGACCAAAGAUUGAUCUUGGAAAUAGAACAAGACCAGGUCAAUAUAUUAGUUCCAAUUUGGAUUUGAUUAAGGGUUAUGAAACUUAUGAUAAUGGUGGUCCACAAUAUUUGAGAAAUAUCACUUUUAUUAACUUUGUUACUGAUUCAUUCAAAUAUGCAGGUUCCUUAUCUUCAUUGAAUAAUUACUUUAAACAUCAAUCCAGAAAUAGAUAUGCCAAUUUAAAGUUUGUUAAUGCAAACAGAUAUAUGGUUUUCCCUUGGAAUCAUCCAACUUAUUAUGAGAAUCACAAGGCCACUGCUUUGAUGGAUGUAGACGGCUCAAUCACAAGUAUUUCAUCAAUUGGUGGUUGGAUUACUGGUAAUGACACAACCAUGACAUUCACACAAUGUCAAGCAAGAACUGAAUGGAAUGCCUAUCAAUGUCCAUUCUUUGGUGAAUCUUUUGCUCAAUUCCGUGUUUUGAAUUGGAAUUUAACAAGUGUUAACACAACUGGAAGUGAUGGUAUUAGUAGACCUGAUAUUAUCAAUUCAGGAAAGAGAGUUCCAAGAAUGAUUCUUGUUGAUUUAUUGAGAAAUCGCCAAUCCAAUGUUAUUGGUGCAUUAAGCUCCAGUGGUGACUUUUAUAUGCAAAGUAAUUUGGUAGCAAGAGGUUUCUAUGGGCUUCGUUGGCCAUACGACAUUCCAACACCAAAAGAUUUGAGUUUCUUCCUUGAUGCAAGCGCUGCAAAUGAUUGGAUUGUUGUUGCUGUUCAAUAUCCAAAAGGAACAAUUUUCAACAUUAGAUUCUUCAUGAAUCCAACAACAAUUAACAUGACCAGAACUGCAAACUUUACAACCAUGUUGAGUGAACCUAAGAAUUACUACUAUUAUGAUGAUGCUACUGAACAUUUGUACUUGAAGAUCCAAAAUCAAGCUUCUAGAACAUCAUACAGAGUUGUUGAUAGCUUUGUUGAUUACUACUCAUAUGGUGUUGUUUAUUUGAAUGCCACAUGUCCAAGAGGUAUUUGUGCACCAUCAAAAUUCUCCAAUCCAAGCAAUGCAGGAACAACAUAUAAGACAUUAAUGAGAGAAGAUAGAUUUGUUGGAAGAUUGGAAACAUGCCAACAAGCAAGUGUGAAAUCAUUGGCUGCCAAUUCAACAAGUGGAGGUGGUUACGUUUUUGCAUUCUUGAAUUCCAAAACAGCUUCUCUUGAUUUUACUGUUCAACACAAUUUGAAUGCUAUUGUCACAUCAAUUGAUAUUGGAUUUGGACUUGCAGGAAAGGAAGAUUAUAUUGCCACACCAACCUCAAAGAUUAUUCCAUAUACUCAAAGCAGAUUUGGAUAUGCCUUAUCAUAUGAUGAAUGGAAUUAUUUACUCCAAGGUAAAAUGUUUGUGAAAUUAUCAACUACUCAAAAUCCAAAUGGACAUUUGAGAGCUCAACUCUAUAUUAACAAUGCUACAUCAACAAGUUGUAAUUUACCACCUUUGGUUUCAAAUGUUAAACCGUGUGAUGCUUUAAAUUUGAAGAAUUCUUCCCAUGUUAUUUCAAUUUAUAGUGAAGGUCCAAAAUUGACCAAUGAAUGGUCCAUGUAUGCCUAUGUUCCAGCUGAUAUUAGAAAUACAUUUGUUAAUGCUAGUUAUGCACCAGCUAUUUGUGGAAACUCAUCAAUGCAUUUUGGUUUCAGAAAGGGAAAUAUUUCAUUCAACAAGAUUGGUUCCAAUAAGAUUUAUGUAGAUACCAGUAUUUAUCAAUAUUUUGAAUUCUUUAUCAAGACUGUCAAUAAUACUGGAAGUGUUCCAAGUUUGACAAUUGUAUUUGGUUAUUUGAAUGUUACAAAGGUUGUUGACUUUUCCAAGAUCACUACACAAGCUAAUCACACUCAAUAUUUAAAGAUUGAUGGAAAUACAGUGACUCGUGUGAGAAUUCCACUUUCUGAACUUGGUUUUGCACCAAUUCAAAACAUUCACAGAAUUAUCUUGUACUUGCCAGAUCAAACUAAUUUCAUUGAAUUCUUGAUGGAUAAUAUGAGAUUUGUUGGAGCACCAGCAACAGCUGAAACCAGAGUAAGAACCAUGACUGUUUCUCAAUGUAAAUACUUUGGUGGUGUUUCAUCGUGCGGAAGUUUGGUAAAUCCAGAUCCAGAUCCAUUAGGUAUUAGAAAGUUGUAA